CUGAUUGAGGUUUUCCUCUCUCCUGACUUCCCCCGCCAUCAUCUUUCACUUCCCCGUUCGUGGCUCCCUGACGGUGCCUUCAGUGCUCAUAGGGGAUUGAAGUCAUCCCGUUCAACAUUCACUCUGCUAGUUCAUACAUAUACAUACGCUACUGUCUUGUCUGUGUCCUGCCUUAUUGAAGUAGCCGACAACGGACAUCUGCUCUCCGAAAAACAUAUCUCCCUCAGAGCUUUCACUCAAAAUACACAACUCUGAAUUCAAAUCAACCCUCAGUCGCAUACGCCUACCUCGAUCUAGUUGUCGCCUUCACGAUAUGCAAGCACCAUGGCGACCAACCCACAAGCAUUUUACUGCCUGUGGCAGAACCCCGAGAUCCGCGAGAGGCUCUUCGAGCUCCUGUCCAAACGGGACAUUUGCGCGGUUAGACUGGCCAGCGCGGCAUGCUGCAAUUUGGUCACCAAGAGACUUUUCCUACGAACCCACUUGACCUUCACGGCAAACAGCCUCACAAAAGCCAGCAGACUAGAGGCUCUGUCGAGGGUCGGCCACCAUAUCGAGCACCUCACCUUCUACUUCCCCCAUUCCAACGCCACCUUUCUUCCUCCGUUGAUUCAUCCGGAGUCCGGGGAGGAGAUUGAGUUCCUCUAUCACCCCCACACAUCAACGGAAUCUGUGAGACCCCAGUAUGGCAACUCGGAACUGGGCGAGAUCCUGACCCAGCAAUACCCACCCCUUUUCCACGCCGCCAUCCAUGUGUCCUCCUUCAUCAACGCGAUGAAGCAGAUGACCAACAUGCGGCACCUCACCAUCAAGACGCCCGGACAAGACCCCAAGGAGCGAUACCGUCGGGACAUUGUUGACUACGCACUGAUCAGCUUGCGCAUCUCAGUCGAGCGUGCACCGCUCACCAAGCUGUCAAAGCUCUCGCUGUCGGGAGUUCAUCCAUCUGCGUUCACCUACCUCCGCCACAUGCCGGGCUUCGGUGUGUCGCCAUCCGCGGCGCUGCGAUGGCGCCAAAUCCGGAAGCUCUACAUCUCGGUCGACUCCUGGGACUUUUCUGGUCCAUCACCUGGCCUGGACCAGCUGAAGAUUAUCGACGACUACAUCCGGGCUUUUGCGCCACAGCUCGACAAAUUCACUUUCGCCUGGCUCGGUGGUAAGGGUCCCUGCCCGAUUGCCUUGUCGGAGGAUCCCCUUUUCGCUCCCCCACGUAGCAGCAAGAAGCUCUUCAACGAGGUCACCAGCCCCAUGUCUCCUCUGCCGCCGCGGCCGUCCCGUAAGCCGGUGGUCAUGUCUCGUCUCCGGUUCAUGUCGAUGCGGAACGUGUCCAUGAAGGCCUCCCAACUCCGCAGUCUCGUCGCGAGUCACAAACAGACAGUGCGCGAGUUCGACUUCGACGACAUGCAGCUCAUUGGCGGGAGCUCGGACGAGGCGCUCGCUCCGUUGACGGAGGGUGAGAGCAACGAUGCCGUGUGGUCUCGCCGGUCAAUGACCUCUAAUAACAGUCGACCUACCACACCACGCUCGAAUUCCUACAGAUCCGCAGUGGCGAGUGCUGUUGGAGAUGAGCAGCUCCCGAUCUCGUCGCCCGCGGCUACGGCGGCGAGCAGGGAGCUGUUCGAAGUUGAUCUGGAGGGUAUGAUGUUUGGCGGCGUGAACGACGUCGAGACUUUCGAGGCAGACGUCGAGGAGUGGGCACGCGGAGUUACCGCCGCCGCCGCUCAACAGGGCUCGCGACCCAGUUCUUCCGGAGCGAAGACACAGCACAGUGGCUUGGAAUCCGAUAUCGAAGCGGCAAAACAAGCCAGCGAAACGUUCACCACCAAGUUAAAGAAGCGUCGUAUCGUUAAGAAACCGCGGAAGUACGAAGAAGAAGAAACGGUUGAAGACAGAGCUAGCCCUAAAAGCGGGGAGAGAAGGAGCGAAUGCCGCAGCGUCCUCCGGCGGCACCACAGCCACGACAGCAGCAGCAACAGGAGUCACCACAAGCACUCUCGCAGUGAUGACACGAGUGACCGGCCUUCAACCAGUGACUCACACCGGCGACACCGCCGCCUUCGCCGGCACCACUCGGCGGAGACUUACGACCUACCGUUCAUGCCCGAAGUCAUCGGCACGGACGACGAGACUUGCCUGCAGCCGCAAACGCCGCGGCCAAAGAUGGACAUCAGCGUGCCCAUCCUGAACCCGGAUCCGCUUCCCGUGAUGUUGCAGCCAACAGUAUACGACCCGUCGGCCAAGUGCGGGCCGUUCAUGAGAACCCCUCAUGCGUCGCCUUCGUCGUCAGACAAUGAUGGUCUCUCCUCGGCCCAGCGGUCCAUCGAAGCGGACCUCCUUGCCGAAGCGGAAGAGGCCGCGGCUCGCUCCUCGGCGCUCAAGCGAGCCAAGGAAGCGGUCAUCACUAAGCUCACACGUGAGUUUUCCAAGCGGAAAGCCGACGGAAGCAAUGUGCGCAACAAGGAAUCCGCGGCCGUCCUCGCGGGGAUAUCGGCGCUCAACCUCAGCAUGAACCUGCCUGCGCACCAUCACAACCACAGCGGGCUGACGUGCGCAUCCUCGUCGAGCGUUAGCAACCGUCUUCGCGAGGGCCUGUUUGGGCGUAGUUUGGCCAAUGUGUCGUCUAUCGCGCCAGACAAUCGCAGCCUGGAGAGCCAGACCGCGUUAGUGCCGCUAAUUUUCAGUCGGUCCUAGGGGCCGACGCCAGGCUUACUGGGAGGUACGGCGUUUCGGUGUUUCGGCGAGUCAGCCGAGUGGAAAAGAGGACUACCAAGGACGGGACGGU